AUGGUGUCACAGCAAAGCAAACACACAUUUUUCUCGAAGAAUAGAAUCUUACACAAUACCGAUAAUGUAUCCUCAUCAAAAUCUCGAAAUCUGAUGGAUAUCACAAACACGACAAAUACUAUGAAUGGCUCUAGGCCCUCGUCCAUGAAAAAUCCAUUUGCUCUUCCGCCCGUAAAAGGUUCCCUCUCACCCCUAUCUCGAUCUGGCUCUUUAAACAUCAACAUGAGCAAAAUUAAAGACCUAAAAGACCGCCAGGACAAAAUAAGGUUUCAAAGACAUUCACUCAGGACUCAAUUGAUUGAGUGCGAAAGAGAAAUCAAAACCAUCAAGUUUCGAGAUCUAAGUAAGUCCAGAUUUGAACUUUAUAAGAAAAAAUCCAAACAAGCGAAAUAUCUCAAACAAGUCAAAGAACUGACGCAAAUUCUGAACUCCAAGGACGGUGAACGCGAUGAUUUGAUUAAGAAAAACAAAUCUGCUUUGGCGAAUUUGCAGACUGAACUAGAUCAUAAUUUGAUUUUGAAAACACGGGAAUCCCAAGAAUUGUACAAUCGGAGACUUAUAUUUUGGGAAAAAGAACUACAAAUCAUGGAAAAUGUCGAGCCUGACCACGAAAUCACAGAAGAGAUAUCUCACCUGAAGGAAACGUUGCAAGAGCUUAAUGAAAGUUGGGCAAAUUUACAGAAGCAAAACUUGGAAAGACAGGUAAAUCACGAAUCACAAUUGGAGAAGGAUUUUAUUGCGUUCAAAGAAACUAAGUCAAAAUCCAUGGAAAAUUUGACGAAUAAGCAUCGUGAAUUGCUUGAUCAGAUAGCCACUCUACAAUCGGAAAGUGAGAAAUUACUCAAGGAGAUCGUGGACGUAGAUAAGCAAACUGAAUGCUCGGAACAAAAUAUCUCAGAAAUAAAUGAAAAUAUAAAACAAUUGGAACUGGCAAACAACCCACUAGCAAGCAAAUCCUUACAAAAUACACAAGAUUUGGAAGAUUUACAAAACCAAAUGGAAAAUUUGAAAGAAAUAGCCUCUAAGCAGGAAAAAAUUUAUAAUGAUACCUAUAAUACUGUGGAAAAAGAACUAUUAAGAAGUAGGAAGCUUGAAAACUCUAUUAUUGAACAAAAGGGUACGAUGCGCUGUUAUGCCUACGUCAUGGAACAAAACUUGCCUGAGAAUCUUUUAUUUGAUUACGAAAAUGGUGUAAUUACUCAAAGUCUAAGCGAGCGUGUCUACAAAUUUAAUAGAGUAAUACCGCAUUUAAAAGUUUCUGAAGAUAAAUUCUUCUCUCAAGAGUACAGAGUUUACAACGAUAUGUGUCUCAACCAAAGAAAAAAUUUUAACCUGAUAUCUCUAAGCACCACCCCACAUGGCUCAUUGAGAGAGUCAUUAAUAAAAUUCCUGACCGAAAAAGACACAAUAUAUCAACGACAAUACGUCAUCACUUUACAGUUUGUGUUUCUAUCAGAUGAUGAAUUUUCCCAAGACAUGCUUUUGGAUUACUCCCAUCAUGAUAAAGAUAGCAUAAAAUUGAAAUUUGAAAAGAACUCAAUUUCUUUGGAUUCUAAACUUGUCAUUAUAGAAAAUGGAAUCGAAGACUUGCCCUUAAAUUUUAGCUGUGAUAAACACCCAAAUUUACCCCAUUCUGGAAUGGGUAUAAUUAAGGUGCAAUUUUUCCCUCGAGAUUCAAAAAACGAUGGCAACGACGAUCCCGUACCGGUGGACUUUUACUUUAUCGAGUUAAAUAAUCUGAAAUCCAUUGAACAAUUUGAUAAAAGUAUUUUUAAGAAGGAAUCGUGUGAAACCCCUAUUGCACUUGUUUUGAAAAAAUUAAUUUCCGAUACUAAAUCCUUUUUCUUGUUAAAUUUGAAUGAUUCUAAGAAUGUUAGUAAAUUACUAACAAUUUCAGAAGAAGUUCAGACACAACUUUGUAAGAAAAAGAAAAAGCCCACUUAA